AUGCGCAUCGCUAUUGUGACAGAAAAUUUCUUACCAAAAGUAGAUGGUGUUACAAGGACACUGGCUCGUUUGCUGGAGUACUUGCAAGCCCAUCAUCAUCAAGUUAUUCUCUUAGGACCAGAGUCUGGUCUAGAUACGUACGCCGGUGCUCAACUGUACGGUACUAGCGGUCUACCGUUUCCUCCGUACCCGGAACUCAAGCUCAAUUUUUGGCGUUCAGAAUUCACAAAGCAACUCAUUCGCUUCCAACCUCAUGUCAUUCACCUUGUCGAUCCUGUAUUUUUAUGUGCAGCUGCCCUUUUCAGUAUACUAAAACUCAAUAAAAGCAAGCUUUCUCAUAUACCCAUUGUUGCCUCUUAUCAUACGAAUUUAGCAUCUUAUUGCAUACAGUUUGGAUAUGGCAGCUGGAUAGCUAAUCUGAUGUGGCGAUGGAAUAGAUUUUGUCAUUCGCAUUGUUGCUAUACAGUGUGUCCCUCGAAUUCUACAAAGCAAGCGUUGGAGAAAAACGGAUUUAAAAAUUUAAGGCUGUGGUAUAGAGGCAUUGAUACAGAUUUGUUCACGCCCACGAAAAGAUCGAAUGCACUCCGAUAUCAAUGGAUAUGCUCUAAAGACAAAGUUAUCAUAUUGUAUGUUGGUAGAGUAUCCUACGAGAAGAAUUUGGGUCUGUUACUGAACAGUUACAAGGGCAUGGACCACCGACGGUGCCAUCUGAUCAUAGUUGGAGAUGGCCCCGCACUCAAAAAUAUGAAGCGUGAAUGCCAUCAACAAAACAUUCCAGUUACAUAUACCGGCUAUUUGCAUGGCCUUGAACUUGCUGUAGCGUAUGCUUCGGCAGACAUUUUUGCAUUCCCAUCAUUUACCGAAACAUUCGGGCAGGUCAUACUGGAGUCUAUGGCUUCUGGCUUGCCAGUCGUAGGUUUGUUAGCUGAGGGAGUGAGGGAUUUAGUGACAGAUCAAGAGACAGGUUUAUUGUUAGACGCGUCAAGUAAA